AUGAUGAAAAGAGGCGUCAAGUUCCGGUUCCCCGCAAUCCCUGAGUUUCGUUCAAUCAGAAGCCACUUCGAUGACUUCCAUGACUUGAGUGUUGUCUUGUACUUCGGCCGAGCCUUGCAAUACUGCAAAACAAGAGAGGAUUACCUGGAGAACGUCCACGAUCCGAAAGGGCGAGAAGAUCCAGCAAAAUGGAUCCUCCCCCUGAAAGAUGCAGAGACUAUUUACACAAGGCUCAAGGACGCCUUGGCAGCAGUCAAGAUGCUUGAAAGCAUGCGGUAUCUCUCGAAGACAAAAUUCGCAACAUCUGCUUUGGAACCCAGCGACAUCCAGCGAGUGAUGUUUAUUAAGUUUCACUGUGAGCCACUCCUGCAGGCUGUCGAUGAAGUGGUCAACAAGCCGGACAACCCAGUCUCUCUCGGGCUGGUUUUUGGCUUCGAAGUUCUUCUCACCUCCUACAAAGCCUAUUUGUGGCCUAAUGGGCAGGCAAACAAGCAGAACAGCCGCAUACGGACUUUAAAAUAUGCCGCUGAAGUGCAGAAAUCCAUUGACUCGGUUCUGGUGGCAUUAGAGAGAGCCCACCGUUGCAAACGCUGCCACACGCCUCUAUUGGGAAACCUCUCCCGGUCAGGGGUUCAAGCUCUGGAAGCUUACCGCCGAGAGAGGCGUUUUGAUCUCUAUUAUCAGGCACCAUGGUCAGCCGGCUGCCAUAGUGUCCAAAUCCUCUCCAUCGUCACCGACUUGGGCAUCAAACUUUGCCACGAUAGCGGGUGUAUUCGAGCCCUGCUCCACGCUUACAAUGCGGUGGAGAAGAUAUCCCCUGGGUUCAAGGCUAUACCCAUAUUCGACACCUUCUGUCGACCAUUCUCAAACUCAUUGUUUCUUGGGCAACUUACAAAGACGAAAUUCAGCUCCCAUUAUCGAAGUGUUAGAUUGAACAAAACCCGGAACCGUCCGGGCGACACGUCUCUGUUCUACACCCUUCAUAGCCAAGUUUACGCCUCAACAGUUGAGUUUUGGAAUCGCGUACAAGGCGGCAAACAGAAGCAGAAGCUUACAAAAGCCCAGCAAGACGAUACCAUCAACCAGUUCGGUGCAGUGCCAUUCAACGUUUCACUGGAGAAGGUCAAAGAGGCGGUGAUGUCUGAGUUCCACGGCCCGCUCCCAGUAGCACGCAUCAACUACUUUGCGAUUGUCCUGUUCUGCUCCGAGCUGCUUCAGCAACUAGCAAGAAAGAUUAGCCAGGAGUCACCGCAAGCGGACCAUGUCCUUAGUGCCGACGUAGUCGACAACCUGCUGGAAUACAUCGACAAGCAGUUGCAACGAGGGAACAGGCAUUUAAUGCCUCACUUGAGGAAGAUCAGGCGGGCUAAAGAGUUCUUCGAAGCUGUAGACUCGACGAUACCGCUGGAACGCUUCCUGUGGGAUAUUUGA